AUGGCGCAUCCUCCGCUGCCGGCCCCGCUGCUUCUCCUGGCGGCCACGGCGGGCCUCUUCGCUCCCAGUGGGGUGGAGGCUGAGCCAGGGGAGGAGGCGGGAGCUCGCUGUGCCGAGGACCUGUGGCCUUUGCCUCCCCAGGUGUCACCAAGAGUGACUUACACCCGGAGGAAACCUGGACGAGCUGAGGAUGUCAGCUUCCUCUACCACCCAUGUGCGCACCCCUGGCUGAAGCUCCAGCUUGCUGCCUUGGCCCACAAUUGUGUAGCACAGUCCUCACUGGCCCCUAACUCCAGUCUCUCUCAGGAUCGGCCCCUGAUGCUGGUAGCCUGGGGGAUGGCACUGGAGUUGGCAUGGGUAGAGACGGCCUGGUUGAAGAGAUGGUGCCAGCAGAGGAAGCAGAGGGAAAAGACCUGGUCCCGCUCUGACAGUCUUUCUGUACCCUUUCCUUUGGCAUUAACCCUAGGAGGAGGAAGACCUUGCCAGAGAGGGUGUGUCCAGGCCCUGCUGUUGGCCUUUAUUCUGGGAAGUUGGAGACGGCCUGGUACAGCAGAGCCAGGACAGCUCUCUCCCAGUGGAGCCAGGACACGGAGGUUGCGGGCUGUGCUUGGUCUUCAAACCACUCUUGCUGCCCCAAGGGUCCCUCCGACUUCCACGCAAAGCUUGGAAGCCAAGCAGCCCAUUUUGGGAGCCGGAGAAGGGGAUAAUAAUGCCCCCUUGGUGCCCACUAGCCCUCUGCUGCUAGGAGGGCCUAGAGGCAAUGCCAGCACCCCAAAAGACACUCGGGGGUCGCAGGAGAAGAGCGGCCCAGGAGGCUGUGUCUGUCCAAAUCAUGCUUCCCAGGCCCCCAAGGCCGCAGCACCCCCUCCCCGGGUGGCCCCGGGCCCAACCCCGCGCACAGAGGAGGCCGCCUGGGCUGCCAUGGCCCUGACCUUCCUGCUGGUGCUGCUCACACUGGCCACGCUCUGCACCCGGCUUAACCGCAACUUCCGACGUGGAGAGAGCAUCUACUGGGGACCCAGCCUGGACAGCCAGGACACGGUGGCCGAUGUGCUGAAAAGACGCCUGCUGAUCCCCCCACGCCGGGUCAAGCGCUCCCGUGGGAGACUCCUCCCGCCCACACUGGACAGCAGCUGCGACGGGGACAGCUCCGACGACUGACCAUGGCCCAGAUCUGCCACUGUGGCGGGCUCGGCUCCGCCUCCCACCCCGGACCGGACCGCGACCUCUGCCACGUGGAGCGUGCGCAGAGCCUCCCCCUCGUGGUCAAGGGGAGCGUUGCAAAGACGUUUGGAAGGGAACAAACAGGCUGCUGGAGCAUCUUUGAACCCAAACUCCCAGUUAUUUCUAAUUAAAUUAUUUUGGUAGAA